AUGAGAGUGUCUAGACACUACGAGGCUGCAAAAGCGAAAGCGGUGCCUACGAGGGAAACGCAGCGUCUCAAGUCUAUGGAUCAAAAGAUGGACGAGGGCAGUUUGACGGAAGCUCUCAUUCGUUUGGAGAAGCUUGCGUUGGCUUGCGAGCAUUUAGGAAAUGUAAAGCUUGCUGCCAUCGAGUCUUACAAGCGAUCCAAAGCGCGGGAAGCUCUCGCCCGCAGUGAAGUUACUAUUUACAAGAAUUACUUGAGCGAUUUAGUCAAGGAGCGAGAUCACUUUUACGAUACGGCAAUUGCUCCACAAGAAAUGGUCGUAGCCAAAGAACCCACCGUAGACAAACCUGUAAGAGGCAAACGCAGCCAUCUAGGUACCCCCCGCUACCCAUUAGCCUCCGCUUUUCCUCGCGCAGUUGAGAAACCUCUCAGACAAGCCUUUGAGAAUUUGGCGGUGGGUGAAAGCGCUGCAUUCUGCUCCCCAUGCAGUCCACCCUUCGUCGCUGAUCUGGAGACACCCCACACACCCUGCAGCUGCCCUCUCCGUCCCCCUCCCCUUUUCGUAAUCGAAGCUUCCCCAUGCUUUUUCUGUGCCGCCGCUGUCUUUUCCCGUCGCGCAGGGAACUCAAGGAACGCUCGAUGUCAUAACGGCUGUUGCCUUGAAUAUCUUUGCGUUGCUGUGGCGGGUAGCCUGGGAAUCUCUGCGAGCGAGGAGGAAAUAGCAGCCUUUUAUGCUUCUGUCAACGGUGGCGACGUAACUCUAGAAGCCUUUACAGCCUUCUGCGCAUCGGCAGCUCACCCUGAAGACGUUGCUGAGGAACUGGCGUCUGCCUUUGCCUUGUGGGAUCCUUCCUCGUCUGGCUAUAUCACUAAACAGCAGCUUCGACACGCGCUUACCCAAUUCGGAGAGGGUUUGAAUCCUCAGGAAGUGAAUUUCGCUUUGGAAAAGAUAGCAGGACCAGGAGAUCAAGUCAACUACCUACAGUUCUGCAAGAAGUAA